CUUUGCCAUCGCACGCACACUGCUGCCUUCGAGUAUUAUCGUUUCUGAGGGUGUUUGUUUCGCACUACUUUGGUUUUCUGGAUACCACAGAAGCUAAUGCAAAAUAUUCCCAAACUUCAAUGGAGGCAGAAACAACGGGAGGACCCUGAAAAUCUGACGAAAACCACCUCUGCAGGUGAGUGUUUUAUCUGUUUAUACCUUUUUGCCGUUAUCACCACAGCAUUGCAUUUGAUGACUACUACUAAAAUCUCACUAUUAUCAUGUUUUUUCUCUUUAAAAAAAUAUCUCCCCAACCAAUGGAUCUUUAAUUAAACUUCUGAGGACUUUUCACCAGAUAGAUUAAAUGCUUGAGAGCUCAGAAUGGUCCUAUGGUUUGUUUAAAGGUAGUUAAGGAGAAUCAGUUUGAGAAGAUUUGAAUGUUGCUCAACAGUAAACUACUUUAUGACAAGUUCUCAGUUUUCAACGCGAAAAAAUUAAUAUGAUUAGUAAAUGAAAAAAUAUUAGUGGUUUUUGGUCAUAUUUCCUCUUGUUUCUCGUGCAGCAGAGGUUCAUGCUUUUAAUGUGGUGGUCCAAGCUCUUUUACAGUCAGAGUCAAGCCUAUAAAGGAUGAGUACUUUGAUUUUUAAUAGAAAAAGACUGUUUAGACUUGGAAAUAAAAGCCAUCAGAUGUCACUUUGUGUGGAAUGAUUGAUAGUGACUGACAGUAGAGGCUAAUAGAUGCUUUUUCAGGAAACUGUUGAUUAGAAAAUGUGUGAUUCCUUUUGUGAGGAUGUCCAACACUUUUGCCAUAGUUUUAUCGUCUAUAGUGGGUUUAGAUCCUCAUGGAGAUAUCAUCCCUGGUGUGCCUCUGUGAUGUUAAGCUUAAUUCAAAGGGACUUGUAUUAAUGAAUUGUAUUAUUUUUCAAAAACAAAACAUCACAUCCAUUGAGACAGGCUUGAUCCGAAAGUGGGAAAUAAAAACAUACAACAUAAAAAACAUAAUUGAACAGGGAGGGUACAAAAUGCCAUAAGAAUCAGUCACACACCCACCAACUACAGACAUAUUUUCCACCCAUUCUGGCACAACCGUAAAACAUAAGAGUUGUUCAUGUAAUUAAUUGUAUUGGAGCUCUACAGUCCAUUGACUCACUUCCUAUUUGAUUGACUUAUCAGUGCUGCCAUGCCUCAGUUACAUUCCUCUUAUUUCCUCUUAUUUGGGUUUUAGUCUAAGCCUAUAUUAGGAAACACCAAGACCGCACAAAUAGAAAAAAAUGCAUUUAGUCUUUAUCUUAGAGGUGCUCUUAAGAUUCCUCUCAACUGUUGUGUUACAGAAAUUUUCUUUUGGAUCUAAUGACAACAUUACAUUUUUCUUUUGCUACAGGUAACCAAAACUUUUGAACUGCGACUUUUCCAAACAUAAUGCAUGCAAGUUCCACUUUGCAUUUAAAACACAGGCAGAUGUUGGGGUCAAUUUGGUAUUGAAUUUGAGGUGUUUGGUUUUCUGAGGGAUAUCAUGUUGCAUUUACCCAAAUUACAGCAAAAGAAGGUGAUAUGUUGGAGGAUCUUCCUAUAUCAGAAUCAGAAUACUUUAUUUAUCCCCACUGGGAACUUUGGUCAUUACAACGUUACACUUGCUCUUGAAAAUACAAAUAUUAAUAGGAGAAUAGAACCAGGAAUGAAAUAAGAAUAAAUAGGAAAUGCAACAGUAAGUAAAAAGUGCCGAAUAUUAUAAAUAAAGCUACUUACAAAAUCCAGAGUGUUUAAGAAACAAGUCAUCAUAGAUUGUAUAUAGAAUGGACGCCAUCUGCUGCCUUGCUGGGUGAAGCCACAGUGAGAACAGCACCCUCUGGUGACGGGCUGCAGUAUAGGUCAUAAAUCCCGCCUCCUCCAGCAAUCCUUGUGGAGCUGUGGACAAACUUUAGAAAUUUAUUACACAGAAUACACUGUCCAAGAUAACAUGUAGCUUUGGCACCACCAUCAGAGAGUCCAGCUCUACCCCCUGAAUGUCACUGGCCUUGUGAAUGAGUUUGAUAAGUCUGUUGGUGUCUGCUACCCUCAGUCUGCUUCCCCUAGCACACAACAGCAAACAGGAUCACACUGUCCACCACAGACUUAUAGAACAUCCUCAGCAUGGACCUGCAGAUGUUAAAGGACCUCAGCCUCCUGAGAAAGUAGAGACGACUCAGACCCCUCAGUGUUCUUAGGCAGUCCAGUUUGUCAUCCAAGUACAACCCCAGGUACUUGUAGUCCUCUACAAUGUCCACACUGACGCCCUGGAUGGAAACAGGGGUCACUCGUGCUUUUGUCCUUCUCAUAUCCACAAUCAGUUCCUUGACAAAGUUUACAAAGUUACCCACCACUAUCCUGUGUUUAGCUUUGUUGCCCUUCCUGAUGCAUUCAACUACAGCAGAGUCAUCAGAGAACCUCUGAAGGUUGCAAAACUCUGUGUUAUAGUUGAAGUCUGUGGUUUAGAGGGCGAAGCGGAAAGGAGACAGGGCUGUCCCCUGCAGGGCCCCAGUGUUGUUGACCACUCUGUCUGACACACAGUAUUGUAGGUGUACUGUUGUCUGAUGGUCAGAUAUUCAAUGAUCCAGGACAUGAGUGGAGCCUCCACCUGCAUCACUGUCAGCUUCAUCCCCAGUAGAGCUGACCUGAUGGUGUGAGAAGCACUGGAAAGUCCUCUACUCCCAGGGGAGGUUGGAAGACAAACAAGAGCAGAUCCAAGAGGUGCCUGACCAUUGGCCUCAGCUGUUCUAGAUUCAGUCUCUCCAGGGUCUUCAUGAUGCGAGAUGUCAACGCCACUGGCCUAUAGUCCAUGGAGCCAUUGGGACUAGGCAGGGACCUUUUGAAGACUGAAGAUCUUGGUGCAGACAUGAUAAGGCACUCGACAGAGCCGGGGGGUACAGGACUUGACUGCACGGAGUCUCCUUGGCUGUCCUCUAACCUGGUCAGCUGUGAAGGACACUGUUGGGGUGACUGGAGAGGGGACAGGGUCAACAUCUGUGGGAGGGCUGUCAGAGUGAAACGCCAGAAGAGGAGAGGGGAUGAGUAAGACCCUUACCUGACUGUAAGGAGAAGCGUGAGGGAAGAGCAGAGGGUGGCCGGGGGCCGUUUCUAGCCUAUUAAAGAAUAGAUUAAGUUUUUUAGCCUUGUCCAGACCACCUUCGACUCCUCCAUUGUCAGGUGUCCUGAAGCCUGUGGUAGUCUUCAUACCACUCUAGACCCCCCUGUUGAUAUACACUUUAUAUAUAUUUUGCUCAGUAUAGCUCAUCGAGUUGUUGUAAAGGCCCUGUUUUUCAUUGUUUACGUUUUUCAAGAAAAGAUUGUUUUAAGGUAAUUGUGUCUACUAAAAGAUUGAGCCCAAGAAUGAGCAAAUGAAUCUGUCUGUGGAACUCCACUUGUAGUUUUGACCCUACUGAGUAACACAAAUACAUCAUUAUCACCAAACACAUCUCCACUUACUAUGAUACUCCUAUUAUACCAUCAAUGGAAGAAAAUACUUCUUAUUCCCAGAGGAAACUUCCUGUUGUUUAAGAGGUACUUUCUACUUUGAAUACAGCAGUGUCAUCUUUGUUGGCUUGUACACAUGGGUUUUACACAUACAUAUUGUAAAUCAUGCAUGCUCUGUAAUGAGAGUCGAAUAUUUGGGUGGCAUCAAUUCAGUCUUUCUCAAAAUGAAAGUUUUUGGAAAUCCCUCAAAUCUUCAUUCAAUUAAAGAUAAUUCAACAGUCACGCUGAAUGGGGUAAUAUACUCAAAAUGCCCUUCAGGUAAAUUUGCGAUUGAUUUGUGUUUGCUUGAUGCAGCCUGAUUAGUUUUUGUGAAUUAUUCAAACAAUGUUUUGCAGAUUUAUGCCUCUUGACUUAGAAAAAAUACAUCUGUUUCGUUUGGUGAAAAUUUUUAAGCUGUGAUUCAUGUAUAUUCAACCAUUCCCUGCUCCUAAUUUAUCAUCUGGCAAAUUUGGACAAUGUUAGCGCAAAUUUCCCUCUCAAAAUUAAAGUUACAUUUACAGUGUCUAUGUGUGAAGAGCCAUGAAAAGACAUAUGCAGUAUCAAAUAAUCCCUUUUAUCAAUGUUGACUUGUUUUUUUAACCCAAUUGGCUCAUUUUGUUUGGCGUCUUGGAACAAAAUGAAGUCAGUUAAAAGUGUCAUCAGCCAAACAGACAGCUUUGGUCCAGCCCACGCAUGUUUAUGUGUAAUGCCUAACUGGAACCAAUCCAGUAUUCAUGGUGGCAGAGAUAGCAUAAAAGGCAUGUGUUAUCUGGGAGGAAAUGAUAAGUGAAUUUUUUCGUGCCAGAUCUUGUUCAUCUGUUGUAAAAGCUGUCAUUUUUUUCUUCACAGCGUCACUUAUGGGGGCUGUUCGCCAUGGACACAGCAGAACUCAACACAACUCAAACUGAAGAUCCACAGCUCCAACUUAAGUCUUCAAACUGCUGCUCGACUCUGGACAUGAUAGUUGAGGAGAACAUCUUUCAGCUGGACGACAGCACAAAGCUGCUUGGAGUGCGGAUCGUUCUUAUCCUGGCCUACAGCACAAUCAUCCUGUUUGGAGUCAUCGGAAACUCUUUGGUAAUUUAUGUUGUCUUCAAGUUUAAAAAUUUACGAACUGUUACUAAUUUCUUCAUCGUGAACUUGGCUGUAGCAGACCUUCUGGUGAAUACAUUAUGUUUGCCUUUCACUCUAGUCUACACGCUGUAUGGCGAGUGGAAGUUUGGUCAGGUGUUGUGCUUCAUGCUGCCCUGCGCUCAGGGUAUCGCCGUCCAUGUUUCUACAAUCACUUUAAAUGUCAUUGCACUGGACCGCCACCGCAGCAUUGUCUAUCACAUGGAGACCAAGAUGUCCAAAGACAUGUGCGCCCUGGUCAUUGUCAUCACAUGGGCUGUAAGCACGCUGUUAGCCAGCCCUCUUGCUAUCUUCAGGGAGUAUGGGACUCUAGAUCUCUCACCGGACGAGUCAAUCCAGGUGUGUACUGAGAAGUGGCCGGGAAGUAGCAUGAACGGAACUAUCUACAGCAUUGCAGCGCUUCUGAUCCAGUAUGGGUUACCUCUGAUCAUCACCUCUGUUGCCUACAUCCGCAUCUGGAAUAAACUGAAGAAUCACAUGACCUGUGGAGGACGAAACGACAGGAACCAGCGCAGGAAGAAGACCACAAAGAUGCUGCUGACAAUGGUGGUUGUGUUUGCCGUCAGCUGGCUGCCAUUUCACGCGUUUCAGUUGGCGGUUGACAUUGAUAGUACGGUGUUGUACAUGAAGGAUUUUAAGCUACUUUUUACUGUGUUCCACAUCAUGGCUAUGUGCUCCACGUUUGUCAACCCCAUCCUGUACGGGUGGAUGAACAACAACUACAGAACGGCUUUUUUGUCUGUGUUUAACUGCUACAGACCCUUCAAUCGGAGGCAGAGACGAUCUAAAGACAGAGAGGGCCAGAGGGAUGAAGACAAAGUUUUCACAGACUGUAAAUCAACAAAUGUUUGA